GUCUGCGCUCAUACGGAAGUAACAUUGGCUAAAAAUGGCUGCAAUGGGUAUGGGUUGGAGGUCGUGUUUCUGUGUUCAUUUAGCGAUAUUUGGAUGGUAUGUUUUCACAGUAUGGAGUAAUUGCUCAUUAGAAAUAACAGAUCGACAUCCAGGAGCGCGAACAUACGGAGGACGAUGGAAAUAUCUUACUUUUAUAAACCUGGUGAUGCAGACGGUCUUUUUUGGAUUAUGUGUUGUGACUGAUGUUGUGCACAUGGCAGUGUCAACUAAAGCUGCUCGUAGCGGACUUCCGUCUCUCCUAAUAAGAACUAGAGAUUAUAUAUUUACCGUCUUGGCAUUUCCAAUUGGAAUGUUUGUCUUUGCAUCAUUUUGGUCAAUCUACACCUACAACCGUGAGCUGGUAUAUCCAAAGUUUUUGGAUGAUAUUAUUCCAACAUGGCUCAACCAUGCCUUGCACACCGUCAUUAUGCCUCUGCUCCUGGUGCAGAUGUAUCUCCAGGUUCACAAGUACCCCAGCAGAGCCAAAGGCAUCUUGAGCCUGGCUUUGUUUGCGGCUCUUUACCUGACAUGGGUCCUUUGGGUGCACCAUGUGUCGGGGAUCUGGGUGUACCCCAUCAUGUCCCACCUGAGCCCCGUGGGGCUGGUGGUGUUUCUGGGGGUGGCCUCGCUCUCCAUGGCCCCCCUCUACCUGCUGGGCGAGAAGAUGCACCAGCUCAAGUGCGGGACAUCGGGGGGAGGUGGUGGUGGAAAAGGGAAGAAAAAGAAGUAGAGACUGUUUGGCUGUGAAAUGGACCUCGGCGAACGGGAUCCUGCAAGGAAGCCAGGAGUGGAAUGGACCAGAACAUAGGAAGGCACUGAGAGCAUCUAAACCAGUGCUGUCUAUGACCGAGGGACUCAGGUGUUUUUCCUAUUAAGCUACAUACUUUUCCUAGCACUGAACAGUCAUAACUCAUAAUGCCCAACAGUAACACAUCAAUUAGACACGAAUCCGGAUGAGGACGGCAACAGCUUAGUUAGCUUGCUGUUUUAAAAUGUGCGGUUUGCACGUGCAUUGUAGCAUGUCACAUUAAGGCAUUCUAUAAAUGCUGAUUACUUAAGAUGCUGAUUUUUUUAUUUAGUUUUUUGUUUUUUACAUUUUAUAUUGGCCAGUUCAAUCCAUGUGUGCUGUGUUGUACUUAAUUGCCCAAGUACAUUAAAAUGAAAUCCCUUAAUAUAUUGAUAUUGCUGCCUAAAGUAGAAUCAAGGUGUUUUUGAAUGAAUAAAUAUGAUUUACAGAAAUGGUUUAAA